AAAAGAAAUGGUGGAGGACAAGAAGGCGCCUGGUACGACGCCGUCUAUCGCUGCUGCGAGAGCCCCACGCGAGUCGAAAGCCAAGCCCGAAGCUCAUGAGAAACCUUCGUUUGUGUUCUUGCGUCUGAAACGCAAGCGCACGGACGACCCGAUGGAGUGUCUGGUGGUGCACAGUGAACCGGACUCGAAGCGCUCCAAGACGGAUUUAUUGCAGGCCUUUACGAAUCUGUCAACCACCGAGAAGCGUUAUGUCUUCAAACACAUUGACACCAUGGAGGAACCGAUAGCUCCGGGUCGCUCUAAGUGGACAGAGCGGCUUAAACGUAAGGCACGUUCGCUCAAGGACGAGCACGCCGAUAUGAUGGCCAAGAAGCAGCUCGUUCCAGUGUUCCAGAAAGACCCGACGGCCUCUAAGCAGACGGAGAAACGUGUCAAACAGCAGCAGAGUCGCUCCAAGGCGCGACGGAAAGAGGGGAUGCUCAAAUCUAGAGGACUACAACCCGUCAUGGAGAUUAAGGAGAAGCAGACAAUGCAGAUGCACGGCAUCCGGCUGGUAGAUCUACAAGUAACACCUGCUCUAAGUAAGAAGAAGGACGAGGAGAUUCUAGAGAAGAGCAAAGCUGAUGUCGUCACGGUCAAUGGAGCAAAACUGAAGCCUACACGUGUCCUGAACCCGCACGAGCGCGAGCUGGACGAGGCCAUUUGGAAUGCGUUCCGUGCCAAUGAUUUCGCGCCAUUUUUCCAGAUUUAUCACGCGCGACGGCCUGAACUUCGUGUGGACCCGUCGACCUUCCAACGACCAGCAGAUGGGAGUUCCAUUCUGAUGGCUGCAGCGCUGCACGGACGCAGUGAUGUGAUUGAAGUGCUACUACGCUCGGGUAGCACGAGUGUACUGCAACAGGACUGGGAAGGUGCUACAGCUGCGGUGUUUGCGAAACGUGGAGGCCAUGCCAAUGUGGAGACAGCACUACUUGCCUGUGAAGAAGCGGAGCGAGAAAAAGACUACGUUUACGACGUUUACUGCGUCGACAUUUCUGUUAGUGAAGGACAAGACAGUGCGCAUGACGGAGCAACUAGUGGCUCUGAACAAACAAGUGUGAAUGGUGUGCCAAUUGUAAAUGUGAGCUCGGAGGUGCAUCGAUGGCUAUCGGAAGAUACACCGAGCGAGGAGGUGGAGGAAUAUAUGCUGGAGUCCGACAUCGAUAGCAACGAAGAAGACGACGGGUACGCAUGCUUGUAUAGAUAUCCCUGGGACCGCUGAAUGGGAUUUAUCUAAAAGAUGAUUAAUGCUGAGAGGCGGUCACUGUGAAUAUGUUUUUGACACUUUGUUUUACUGUCUGUGAUUUACCUGAUCUGUAGAUUGAGCGAGGAUUCAAACGAUGAGGACCACGAGGCAAAUGAUUAUCCAGACGAAGAGUCAUCGGACGAGUCGCUGGCGGACAGCGAGGAGCUUGACGAGAUCGGGGCCAGACGCCGAUGGCAGACUUCUGAAAACGACUACACUGAGCGAGAUGACUUUGAUUAUUAGAUUGAUUUCAAGCUCUGGAGAGCGGUUGUAAAGCUUGGACUGAGAAACGACUCCAGGAAGCAGUUGCAGUGUCUUCGAAGUAGCACCACACAAGUGUAUCAUUUCUAGUUCAAAUGUAUUUUCACUCACCCAAUUUGUCCGUGGUUCAGAUGUCGAUGAAUUUAUAAAUUAGAAA